GGUCUCCUCUAACCAUUGAGGUCCUCAUUCUAACCAGUUCGCCUGUGAGCUGAACCUCUUCAUGAAGAAAGGUCUCCUCUAACCUCUGAUUCCUCAACAAGUCCUCAGAGCUGAAGCUCUUCAUGAAGAUAGGUGUCGUCUAACCUCUGAGCUCCUCCACAAUGCCGCUCCAGAGGGACAUCCUAGAGGAGGUGUGGACAGAGAACAGGUUUCAGGACGAGGCCGGUUCCUCCUCCUCAGACCGGCCAGAGAAGAAACCAAAGAAGAAGAAGGAAGCGACCAAUGGCGUGCCAGAGGCCGAGUCCAACGGGGCAGAGGCCAAACCCAAGAAGACCAAGAGCAAGAAGAGCGAGGAGGCGUCUGGAGACGAGGGACUCGCCGCACAGAAUGAGAAGAAGGUGAAGAAGAAGAAGCCGGAGAAGGAGAAGGAGAAGGAGAAGGAGAAGGAGAAGGAGAAGGAGGACCCGGAGAAGAGCAAGGAGCCAAAGAAGAAAGCCAAGAGCGUCCCGAAGAAGAAAAAGAGUUCGGACACUGAGGAUGACGAGGAGGAGGAGGAGGAAGAGGAGACGCCCAAGAAGAAGACGAAGAAGAAGACGACGAAGGACAGCUCGCCGCCCUCAAGCACCACCAAAGAGAAGAAACCCAAAUCCAAAGAUGAGAAAGACUCUGAGGGGAAAGAUAAGAAGUCUAAAUCAAAAGACAAAGAUAAGAAGAAGGAGCCAGCCGCCUUGUUCCAGAUAAAUGGAGACAAGGACGCCAAGAGCAAGAAGAAAGCUGCUCAGUCAGACAGCGACGACAGCGAGGAGACAACAACCAAGGCCAGCAAGUCUAAGAAGAAGACCAGUGCCGGAGCAGCAUCACUGUUCCAGACGGCCGAGAGCAAGGACAAGGACAAGGACAAGGACAAGGACAAGGACAAGGACAAGAAGACCAAGAAGAAAGGAAAAGCCGAAGAGAGCGAUGAUUCCGACUCAGAGAAAGAAGAGAAGUCCAAGAAGAAGAAGGGAAAAGGGAAGAAGAAGAAGGAGCGAGCUCCGUCCCCGGAGAUAGAGUUCGACGACCUGGAGGAGUUUGUGAAUCUGCCGGCUCCGCAGGGGCAGACGGUGAAGUGCCGACUCACCCGGGACCAGCGGGGGAUGGACAAGAGCAUGUACCCCACCUACUACCUCCACCUGGACAACGAGAAGAAGGUAUUCCUGUUGGCGGGUAGAAAGCGUAAGAAGUGUGGAACCUCCAACUACCUAAUCUCCAUCGAUGCCACAGACUUAUCGAGAGGCGGGGACAAUUUUGUCGGAAAAUUGCGGUCUAAUCUGAUGGGGACCAAGUUCACGGUGUUCGACAACGCACUGAACCCAGAGAGGGCUCUCCCAGACCUGUCCAACGCACGCCAAGAGAUGGCCGGCAUCAUCUACGAGACCAACGUGCUGGGGAUGAAGGGUCCCAGGCGCAUGACCAUCAUCAUCCCCGGGAUGGACAAGAACUGCGAGCGGGUCGCCGUCCGGCCACGCAACGAGUACGACGGGCUGCUGAUCCGCCACCAGAACCGGCGGAUGGAGAACCUGAUCGAGCUGCACAACAAGACCCCCGUGUGGAACGAGGAGUCCUCCUCCCACGUGCUCAACUUCAACGGCCGCGUCACCCAGGCCUCCAUCAAGAACUUCCAGGUCGUCCACAGCAAGGACCUGGAAUACAUCGUGAUGCAGUUCGGCCGCAUCGCCGACGACAUCUUCACGCUGGACUUCAGCUACCCCAUGUGCGCCGUGCAGGCCUUCGCCAUCGCCCUGUCCAGCUUCGACGGGAAGAUCGCCUGUGAAUAGAAGGGCCGGCCUCGCUCGGGCCCCCUGCCCACUCGCAGCACAGACACGCUUUUCAGACCCCGGCAGCAAGCUGUGGGUGGAGGUGAUGGAGGAGCUCAGACCGCUCUGCUGUUCCCCCGCUCCAACGGUGCCUGGCUCGGGGGGGGCCCGCGGGUCAGGGGCGGAGGAGUGGAGGACGGUUCGGCCUCCGAGCGGAGCUCCACGGUGGACGUUGCCUUUUUUAGAGCGCAGAGAAGUUUAAAGGCUGCUCUGUAGGAACACUGUGAUGGUGCUCAAAGGGGGCGGGACUCAUUCAAGCAGAAGUAGACAGGAGUAGACAGAAGUAGUCGAUCAAGAUGUGGUUACUUAAUUAAAGACGAACGGAUCAAACAGGCAGUCAUAAAACAGUCGUCAUGGCUUCUAUUGUUUGCUGUUGUUUCUUUGAUUCCGCACGGCAGCAGAGGCUGUCAAUCUGUAAUUAGCGCCUGACGUGGAAAACCCCAGACCCAUCGCCCGGACCAUAGACAAACACAACCGUCCUCUUACAAAGUAGCUCAUUUAGCAAUGUCUUACUAGGAUAAAGGCUCUGGAAAGGUUUGAACUUUGCAGCACAUUUUCUCCGUGUUCUGUAAUGGUUUAUGUGUAGGUUUCAGAAACCCACGAGUGCUACCAUACACAGAUUAGUUUAGGCCUGAAUGUCCUGUACGCAGUCAGUCCAAAAGUACCAAGUCUUAAAGUGUCUCUAACCCUUCUUCUUUCCCUUCACCUGUUCCUUUGACCUUUUUGUAUUUCAUCAUUUCUUACGAGGAGCGUUUUGUACGGUUUAUUGUCCGACGGCGAUGUCUGAUGAUGAUGAAUGUGUAGCCAUGACUUUCCACCCUUUCACCUCAUUCACUUGUUAAUGAGCUCACUGUGAUGAAUGGGGCCCAUUAGCCCCUCUAAAUAAAGACCAACCGUUCGUGUAGCAUGAAUAAACUCCUAACAGCUGUCCACAA